CAGUGGUUGGCGAUUCAAGCCAUAACAGUCGAUUUGAAGACUAGACAGUGUUUGAUAUCAGCCUGAGUUAAAAUGCUAGCUAUUAUCCCGAUCUACCAUCACUAUUAUCAAAAUUUGGAGAAUUAUGGAAAUUGCCCCACCCCUUAUUGUUUUAUUUUAUUUUGUUUAUCUGAGAUAAUCAUGAGCUGUUCAAGUUAUUGCCACACCUUCUACAUCAUUUCAGCCUAAAUAAAGAUGAGGAAAACAGAUCAGAAAUUCAGUGGGGUGGCAAUUUCAGGAUAGCACCGAAUCAUCCAUAAAAUAGGCUAGUCGUAGCGUGUGAAACCCGUUGGUCUAAAUUUGCAUUUCUGUCAAUGAAUCUCGCCUUAUAGUCUUGCAAAAAAUUACUACACUACGCGAAUUCUACACUUUGUUACUUACUCAGAUGUAAAUUACUCAACUAUGUCACACAAUGAUGUUGAUGAACAGAAAUGGUAUUCGUUCGGACUGCGAGAGUAUUUUAUCUACAAUGGAACAGAUAUUCGAAGUCAGCAGGAAGCAAGAGAAGAAUGCAAUAAAAUGGAUUCACAUUUAGUGGUAGAUGAUACCGAUGAUAUUCAUCGAUUUUUGGUCGACAUAAUAUAUCGAGUUAUGAUACCACAUACACUAAGACCGCCGUACAGAUCAUUUUAUAUUGGACUAAAAGAUUUUUCUGGAGGUAACUCUAAUUUUCAAUGGGAGAAUGGCGACUUGCUACAUUUUUUACCCGGCACUCCAAUGCAGUGGGCGCGUGGUGAACCAAAUAAUUUCAACAACAUACCAGAAGAUUGUGUUACCAUGGGCUCAACCGGUUUACAAGAAGAAUAUAAAUGGUUUGACGUUCCAUGUGAAGUAAAAAGAUCUUAUAUCUGUGAACGUGUUACACCAACAUCGGAAGGUAUAAAUCAAAAAACAAUGUUUUUAACAACAAUGGCAAUAUUUGCCAUCGUAUUAUUAUUGUUCAUGACUAUAUUUCAAGAAAGAACAAGAAUGUUUCGAAAACGUAGAAGAAUGAAAAGAACAGAAUCUUCGAGAUUAUCAAGACAGAGUAAAGUAUUGAGAUGGUUUACCGGUGAAGAUUAUGAAUGGGGCAGAGUUAUUUUAAACGGAAGUGAAACUGAAGAACAUAUCACACCACAAAGAGAAGUUUAAAAAUCAUAUGUCAUACCAGUGGAUGCUUUUCAAUAUGUUUGUUCAGGGAGAAAAUGUGAAACAACACAUAAAAAUUGGGAACAAAAAAUUGUACUGGAAUACAAAAAUAAACUCCAGUUAUGAAAUAUAAAAUGGAUUGCACUAUAGCGUGCAGUGUGGGCGCGUUGACCUAGGGGUUGAAGAGAAUGACUAAACGCGUAUAGGGUGUACAUAUCGGGUAAAUUUUCCAUGGCCAUCGCCACUCAGAAAUAAAGUUGGAUGGAUAGUCAAUGCAAAACCGUAAUUAUUUCCGACUUUCCUAAAACAGUACCUUCUAUAGCAUAUAUAUAUAUAUAUAUAUAAAGGCAAACGACGUAUCUUAUAGCUUUCUACUUAUUCGGAUUUGUGCUAUACACAACCGAUAAUUUCAAAGGCCUACACAGUAUUCAAAAUCGGCUUCAUUUAUAUAUAUAUAUUAAUUUUGAUGAUGUCUAUAUAAAUUCUAAUUGAAUACCAACAUGCGGUUCCAAUUUUCAUCAACAAAGACGGAAGAAGUUGUCAGAAGUUCAUUACAUUCAAUUAUCUACUUCAUAUUUGCUGUUUUUGUUAAAUUGCCUCCAAAGUACUGCCCGGUUGUAAAUCGCGUUUUUCUGUGUUUGUUUCAUUAUUAUUUUUUUGGUUGGCGGGCACGUACAUUGUACGUUUUUUAAACUUUAUUUUGAGUAAUGCCUGUCUCCCAGAUCUCUGCAUUUUGUUUUGUCGCUUCACUUUUUGUAUUGUUCAUGUCAGAGAACCAAAAUGAAUGAUUGUUUGCUAUAUAUGAGUGGUUACGUGUACAAGAAGUGCAAAAGCGUCAUUUAAAAAACUUAACUGACGCUACGUAUUCCUUUUACUCUAAAGCCAAGCAAAAUGGAAUAUUGAUGGUUCGAAAUUGUCUCGCAUGAAUCAGAUUUACAUUAGACACGCUGUCGUGACAUGUAAUAUAUAUAUAUAUAUAUGAUGUUUGUUCUACAGAAAUGUCUUAGCUUUGUUGCAUUUUAAAUUUUUCUGCAUAUGUUUGGAUUUGACCCACGACGGAUGUAACUAAAUAAUAAAACUACUGUUUAGUAUUCCUGCUACAUUAAUAAGCAGGGCUCCCUCCAUACGCAGUAUCUACAUAUGUCUAACCCAACCCGCUAACCCUAUCCGAACACUGUCUU